UUUAAGGCAUAAGAAAUUGUUGCUGCAGCAUUCAAGAACAAGACUAUUCUCCAGUUAUUAUGGCUCAGGAGGUAAUUAUAGUCAACUUGAACAAAUUGUGAGGGAUGAGUGCAAGUCAGGAAAGGUUCAGACACUUGAGGAGGGUUUGAGAUACUUUGAUCAGUUGAUUUUAGAAAGACCAUUGCCAUCUAAUGGUACAUUUAAUCAUGUAUUGGGAUCAUUAUCCAAGAUUAAAUGCUAUUCAGAUGUCAUUGGGGUGUAUAAGAAAAUGUGUUUGUUUGGAGUAGAACCAGAUAGUGUUACAUAGAACAUUUUGAUCAAUUGUUGUUGUUAAUUAGGCCAAGUGAAUCAUGGGUUUUGUUUGCUUGGAAAGAUUAUCAAGAGAGGUUAUCAUCCUACUGUCAUCACUUUCACUACACUCAUAAAGGAUUGUGUCUUCAAGAGAACAUUGAUUUCGCGUACAAGGUGUUCGACAGAAUGACUCAAAUGGGUAUUCGACCUAAUGCCAUUACAUGUAAUACCGUUAUAUCUGGGUUAUGCAAAACUGGUAAAGUAGGUCGCGCUCUUCAUCUAAAAAACAACAUGGUGAAAUGGAACUGCAGACCUGAUGCUGUUUCAUACUGCGCGAUUAUAGAUGCUCUUUGUAAAGGAGGUUUAGUUGAUCAAGCUUUGGUUCUCUUCUCCGAAAUGCAUGGCGAUUCAAAUGUUGUACCCAAUGUAGUCGUUUACAGUUCUUUGAUAAAUGGACUUUGCAAUUCAGGCCAGUUGGAUGAGGCAAAGAGAGUCUUUGAGGAGAUGGUUAGUAGAGGAAUCUCUGCCAACGUAAUUACGUACAGUUGUAUGAUUGAUGGUCAUUGCCGGCAUGGUCAAUGGAAAGAAGCAAGAAGAUAUUUUGAUGAAAUGAUGGAUCGAGGGGUUUCACCCAAUACAGUAACCUUUAGUAUAUUAAUAGAUUCACUUUAUAAAGAUGGGAUGACGGAAGAUGCUUGGGAGUUAUUUAAACUGAUGGACAAGUUAAACAUAAAACCUAAUCAUUUUACUUAUAAGUUAUAACUCAAUGAUCGAUGGUCUAUGUUUGACA